UCACCGUGUUUGGAAAACUCAUUGAAUUCGACUGAAUGUAAAUAUUUCUUUAUUUCAUCUCCAGCCUAUCAACAGAAAGAUAAAUUAACAUCCUGGAAUAAGCUGAUGGUGUGUGUAUAUAUAGAUGCUUUAUAAGAGAGCGUGCCAGUGAUAAGUCUACCAGAAGCCCUCAGGAUUACAUAACAGAGAAUGAACAGGCACAUCUUCAUACUUCUAACCCAAGCUGUGUUAGUGGUCAGAGUUUCAGGAAAAUUAUGUAAUCACAGGAACAUAAAUAUUGUCGGCAGAAUUGUAUUCGGAGAAGCCAGAAGGGAAUCCAUGAUGGGACAGCUGAAUGUGGCUUACAGUAUUGUCAACCGAUUAGGUCACCCAAGUUAUCCGGACACCCUCGACGAAGUAGUCGAUGAGAAAACAAAUAACGGAAGUUACCAAUAUGAAACUUUAAAUAAUGACAUUGAUACGCAAGCUUGGAACUACGCAAAGCAGACAGGCACAGAUGAAUACGAUAACGCCCACGCUGUUUCUUAUGACGCUCUAUGCAGUCGGAAGAUCGAUACGAUAAGUUGCGCAACAGAUUAUUGCGCAUUUGAUCCAUGCAACGCAACAAAUUCUAUUAUGGGAGGGACAGCCACCAGGAAAAUGAAGAUUGGAAAGCGUUACUUUGUUUGCCGAGAGCCCGCUUAUUAAUAAAAUAAUUCUUAGAUCUUUGAAA